AUGGGGGCCGGCAAGAGCAAACCCAAAGAGCCGGGCCAGCGCUCCAUGAGCCUGGAUGGGACCAUUGGCACCGGCUCAGACAGCGGCCACUUCCACCACCUGGGCCCCGCCCAGCAGACCCAAACCCCCAACAGGAGCCCAGCGGUGGGUACCGGCAGGCGGGGGCAUCAGGGGCAGCACCAACAAGCUCCAACCAACACACCGGAGCUGGCUCUCUUUGGCGGGAUAGACCACACAGGCACGGUGACCUCACCUCAGAGAGGACCUCUGUCAGGAGGUGUCACUACGUUCGUGGCGCUGUAUGACUAUGAGUCACGGACGGCGUCUGAUUUGACCUUCAAGAAAGGCGACAAGCUGCAGAUUGUCAACAACACGGAAGGGGACUGGUGGCUGGCUCGCUCUCUGACGACAGGAGAGAGUGGUUACAUACCAAGCAACUACGUGGCGCCAUCCGACUCCAUCCAAGCAGAAGAGUGGUAUUUUGGGAAGAUAACUCGCCGUGACUCGGAGAGAGUCCUACUGAGUCUACAGAACAGACGAGGAACUUUCCUGGUGAGGGAGAGCGAGACCACGAAAGGGGCGUAUUGCCUGUCGGUGUUGGACUACGACAACACCAGAGGCCUGAACGUGAAGCAUUAUAAGAUCAGGAAGCUGGACAGUGGAGGUUUCUACAUCACUUCCCGUACGCAGUUCACCAGCCUACAGCAGCUAGUCUUCCACUACCGCAAGCACUCAGAUGGACUGUGUCACGCCCUGACUGACGUGUGUCCCGUGGCGAAGCCCCAGACUCAGGGUCUGGCCCGAGACGCCUGGGAGAUCCCUCGGGAGUCCCUACGCCUGGACCUCAAACUGGGACAGGGCUGUUUCGGAGAGGUCUGGAUGGGUACGUGGAACGGUACAACGCAGGUGGCCAUUAAGACCCUAAAGCCCGGCACUAUGUCUCCUGAGGCCUUCCUCCAGGAAGCCCAGGUUAUGAAGAAACUGAGGCACGAGAAGCUGGUCCAGCUAUACGCCGUAGUGUCGGAAGAACCCAUCUACAUUGUUACAGAGUAUAUGAGCCACGGUAGCUUACUGGACUUCCUUAAAGGAGAGACGGGGAAGAUGCUCCGUCUGCCUCAGCUAGUAGACAUGGCCUCUCAGAUUGCGGCGGGCAUGGCGUACGUGGAGCGGAUGAAUUACGUGCACCGGGACCUGCGGGCCGCCAAUAUCCUGGUGGGAGACAACCUGGUGUGUAAGGUGGCCGACUUCGGCCUGGCCAGACUCAUCGAGGACAACGAGUACACGGCCAGACAGGGAGCCAAAUUCCCCAUCAAGUGGACGGCGCCAGAGGCCGCGUUAUAUGGACGUUUCACCAUCAAAUCGGACGUGUGGUCAUUUGGCGUGCUGCUCACAGAGCUGGCCACUAAAGGCAGAGUCCCUUAUCCAGGCAUGGUGAACCGUGAGGUACUGGACCAGGUGGAGCGCGGCUACCGGAUGCCGUGCCCGGCAGAGUGCCCGAGCUCCAUGCACGAGCUCAUGCUCUCCUGCUGGAGGAAGGACGCUGAGGAGAGACCCACCUUCGAGUACCUGCAGGGCUUCCUGGAGGACUACUUCACCUCCACUGAACCCCAGUACCAGCCCGGGGAGAACCUAUAGAGACCCCUUCACCCGACCCUGAGCCUGGCAGGCGAGAGGCCUCCAGACCACAGAAAGAAUCUGCACUACCAACCUGGAAGGAGCGUCCGCGGGAGGACCCUGGACGAGAGGCAACGACGUCCCAUCUGGAAGGACACCUUAAUAAGAUCUCCUGUGAAAGUCCGACUUAAGUUCUUCAGUGCCAUUAAAGAAAAAAAAAAAACAUGGAAGACCUC